CGACCCCGGGCUGUACCAAAUGCUGCCGCGCUUCAGCACCUUCAUCUCCGAGGGGGUCCGCGUCAACGUGGUGCAGAACAACCUGGCUCUGCUCAUCUACCUGAUGCGGAUGGUGAAGGCGCUGAUGGACAACCCUACGCUGUACCUGGAGAAAUACGUGGGUCCAGAUGUCCCCAAAUGUCCCCAAAUGUCCCCAGACGUCCCCACGUGUCCCCACAUGUCACCUCUGUGGCCCUCAGUAUCCUCCGAAGGUCCAAAAUCUGCCCCCAAAGGUCCCAAACGCAUCCCCAAAUGUCCCCAAGCGUCCUCAUUGUGACCCUGAGUGUCCCUGAUGUAAUGCUGAGUGUCCCCAGAUGUCCCCAGUGUGACCGUAAGUGUCCCCAAA